CAAUCGGGUAUAAUCAUGAAAUUCAAGCAAAUCGGUAUUGUUGGUGCAGGGAAUAUGGGUUCUAUGAUGGGAUUCGCCUUUUCCGAGCUCGGCCUCGACGUGUCUAUUUGGGAUGCUAAGAGCGCGAAUGUCGACGAUUUUAUGAAGCAGGUUGAUCAGGCUAGCAGUUUGACUGGUAAUAUUACUGGCUUUUAUGAUGUAUCAAGUUUUUCUGCUAGCUUGGGACAGCAUGGUGACCGAAAAGUGUUCCUAUUUUCCAUUACACAUGGCACGCCUGCUGAUGAAGUUUUGAAGAAAAUUAAGCCAGAGCUGCGCAAAGGCGAUAUAAUUUUGGACGGUGGCAACGAGCAUUACAGGAAUACCGAGAGAAGACAAAGGGAGUGUCAGAAUAUUGGUGUUGAUUGGAUUGGAAUAGGAGUGUCUGGCGGAUAUCAGUCUGCUCGACAUGGGCCUAGUUUGUCCCCUGGAGGAAAUGCUGCGGCAUUGAAGGAGGUUAUGCCGCUACUGGAACUAUAUGCCGCGAAAGAUCCUAAAUAUAGUGUUCCAUGCGUAUCGAAUAUCGGACCAGGCGGCUCAGGACACUUCGUUAAGAUGGUCCAUAAUGGCAUUGAGGUUGGUAUGCUCUCUGCUCUCUGCGAGGCUUGGGGUUUCCUGCAUAGUGGAAUGGGGCUUGACUACGAUCACAUUGGCGAAAUAUUUGCAGCGUGGAACGACAAUGGCGAAUUACAUACAAAUUACCUGAUCAAAAUUGCGUCGGAUAUUUGCAAGACAAGAAAAACUAUAGACGGCAAAACAGCGCAACAUGAGGGCGGCCACGUUCUUGAUGAUGUCCUCGACAAGGUUGUACAGGAUGACGAUGGCACUGAAGGAACGCCCUCAUGGUCAAUCAUGGAAUCGGCAAUGAGACAUAUAUCUUGCCCAACCAUUGCAGCGGGAUUUUACCUUCGAGUGACCUCGGGAAAUCGCGAAGAACGUCUAAAGAUCGCUGACAAGUUCUCUAUCCCCAAACCGAAGCCUAUUCAGGAUAUCGAGGAUACUGGCCAGAUGAUUGAGGACCUCCGUAAGGCCGUCUACUGUGCCUUCUUGGCCUCCUACUACCAAGGAUUGGAACUGAUUGCGCGGGCGUCCAUUGAUGAAGGUUGGAAUAUCAAUUUGUCUGAGUGCAUUCGAAUAUGGCGCGCAGGAUGCAUAAUUCAAUCAGAAUUCAUCGCCGACCUACUUGAGCCACUUUUGAAAGAGAAUAACUCAUUGACAAACAUGAAGCUCUACAGCUCCGUCGGGCGGGAGUUGCAGUGCAGCUACACAGCACUGAAAGAAAUUGUCUCUCGAGGGAUUGUAGCCGACCAUUAUUUGCCCGCACUCUCUGCCACACUUGAAUACGUCAAGUAUACCACAGGAAAAAUGCUUCCCACAAAGUUUAUGGAGGCGCAAAUGGAUUACUUUGGAGCUCACUCAUACAAUAAGCCUGGCGUGCUAGGCGAGGACCCUGGUCCGGUAGCGAAAGGACCGCACCAUUUUGAGUGGAAGCCAGCUUAG